CCUAUAGUCCAAUUAACUAUUAAUAGCCAUAUUAAUACUUCUAUCGGAAUAUUUCCCUUCUUUAUCACCUACGGGUUUAAUAUAGAAUUUCCUAUUUCUAUUAUUAAAGAAGGAGUCUAUUUAGGAAUUCCUCUCUUAUUUUCCGAGAAAAGGGUUUAUUAA